AUGGCUACGAAGGCGGCCUCGAUAGGGUCUUUUGGGAAGAUGCAUACGGCUGGAAUCUUCUCGGACAUGACGGUGGAUGGGCCCAAUAUUGGCACGCUGGUCGUGAUCAUGGACAGAGCGAAGAACCUGCCCAACCGACGAAGCAUGGGAAAACAAGACCCCUACUGCGCUGCAAGACUCGGAAAAGAAGCAAAGAAGACGACCACGGACAAGCGGGGAGGCCAAACACCGCGAUGGGACCAGGAGCUACGUUUCACCGUGCAUGACUCGCCCGAUUACCAGAGUCUGAAGGUCUCGGUAUUCAACGACGACAAGAAGACCGAACUGAUCGGAGAAACUUGGGUCAGCCUCGAGAACGUAUUGCUACCUGGCGGAGGACAGAGCGAUGGCUGGCAUGGAUUGAAUUGCAAGGGGAAAUAUGCCGGAGAGAUUCGGAUUGAGCUCACAUACUACGAUACGCGACCGAAGGCGGAGAAAGUUGUGGAGAAGAGGAGGGAAACCGCACGUCCGGAGAACGGGAGCCCUGCGGUUGGAGGACCGCGCGACAGCACUCCUGUGAAAAGAAGACCGCUUCCCGCUGGGCCUGCAGGUGCGGCGCCCUCUCCUGGCGGCACUCCAGAACAUCGUGGACUCCAAGGAGCGCAGUCUGGUCCGCGCGCAUAUCAGACUCCUCCACAGCAGCACAGGACAAACGAGCAUACUCCGGCAGCUCAGCACCGAAGUCACCAGACUGAAAUUCAGCCUUCCCGGAGACCACUGCAGGACGGCUCUUCUCUCAAUGGGGCUCCAGUACCGGGCCCCCACACUCCUCAGCAUCACCAACGGACGCCACAACCAGUGCCGGAUCCAUAUGAUGCAUCACCCAACCCAUCACACCAGUCGAGUCAUAAUACUCCACAGUAUGACCGAUCUGGUUACGACGUAUCAUAUGCUGCACCCAAGCCAUACGAAACGCAGACUGACCCAGCCCCACAGCAAAGGGAGCAGUCGCAUCGCGCUGUGCUACAGGAUAACUACAGGUCGUCUCAAGGUCGCCUACCAGAGCACGAAGUGAUGCCCCAUUCCUAUUCAGCUCCAGCAGUUCCGACGCAGCAUACGGAUGGGUAUCCUAACAAUCACCACAGCCCCCAACCAGCUGCGCAUUCUUAUUCCCAAAUCCCGUACCAGGAUGCGCCGAUCCAUGUGGAGCCCUUGAGGACAAGUCGCAGUCACGAUGCCGGAUUUGGACAAAGCCCAGGACGAGAUCCUUACUAUGCGCCUAACAGUUAUGAUCCUCCGAACGGAUUUGACCCCUCCAUGGCAUACUCCCGCUCUCCAGCUGGGAUGCAACCAACCGUGGAAGACGACGACGAGGUUCCGCCGCCUCCCCCAGUGCAUAGGAGCAAUGCGCACACAGUCACGCAGCCUCACCAUGACCGACCCCCCACCUAUCACAGCGAUGCACCCUCUCCUCUCAACAUAAACAGGUACCGUGAAGAACCUCAAAAUGGCGGCUACGACUCCUCAAACCAGCAAUAUUAUGGCACUCCGCCUUCUGCAGAACGACGAUACACACAUCCCCAAUCUGCUAGUCGUCCGGUAUCUCGAGAUGUCAUGGUCCCGUCGCCAUUGAGGGGUGAGGUGACUAUGCUGCCAUCAAGCUUAGUACCUGGCUACGAUGCUUCUCGUGAAGAGAAUGGUCUUGUCGCAUAUGAGCCUGAUGUCUAUCAAGCAGCACCAUCCUACGGAACCCCGCAACGCUUACGACAGCAGUCAGAGCCCAAUUAUGCGCACCCCCCUCAAUACGAAACUCCUCCACAACACCCUCCGCUUUCUCAUCAACCGCUACCAAUGGCAGAUGCGCCAGACUAUUAUCCCCAUGCUGCUCCUGAAGAACCACGCCACACCUCUCCAGUACAGGACCAUCUGCCCCUCGUCAAACCCCGAGCUGUGAGUCCUCAUGAAAGCCAGAGCCCGAACUACCGGACCUCCCGUACCAACCUCCGAAGUAUGCCAACGCGCAAGUCUGUGUCGCCUCGGCCUCCACCUUCCGCGGAUUCGGGCGAACGCCGACUCUCCGGCGUACCCUUCGACCCCGACAGUUUCGACGUCUACAACCCAAGCGUCGCCAGCAAGAAGACACAGUCGAGUUCCAAUAACAUUGGAAACGGUGCAGACCGCAGUGGAGCGGUCGAAGUCAAUGAGAAAGGCCAAAUUGUCACUUUCAGCGGUCGCGUCAUCGAUGCGUCCGACCACCUUCCCCUCGAUAGCUGGGCACCGGAACCCGAACCAAAGGGGACGAUAAAGGAACGUCCGGUAAGAGAAAGGCCCGUGCUGAGCGGUGCGCGUGACCUCGACGCCGCGAGACAAAGAGAAAAGGAGUACCGCCGUGACAGACUGGAAAGGGAAAGGAUUCGUAAUGCUGUGGACAGUAUCCAUGCGGAUGGUGGAAACGGGAGCCCGUCUAACAGCUCCGCACUCGUGCCAUCCAGACAUCGCUUUGGAGACAGUGUCGGAGGUACUUCAUCGUCCAUGAAUACCAGCUCAGCGAUGGUGCUGCAUGGGACCGAAUCCACCUCUCCCGGCUCCGCAGGACGUAAUAGACUGCAGAAACGAAGCCCGAGACCAGCAUCUUCCUACAUGGCCUCAUCUUCCCAAUCAGAUAUACACAUGCCGAAUACCAAUGGCUACGGCAGCGGUCCCCGGCACAGCGCUAACGUUAGACACUCAGUCGCCGCUGCACCGCCUAUACCAGCCAAGAUCCCGCUGGAGGACGGACCGCCCGUCGAAGGGGACCUAGCGGCUCUGAGUCUUGAGCUACAGAGUAUCGAUAUCGGCCCCGCGAGUGGGGGGAGGGCGAGGGGCACGACGAGGAGGAGGUAUGGGGGAGGAGGAUACUGA